CCAAUCCAUACUCCAUCCCAGGAGAGAUUUAAGCGGCAAGCAAAAGCCCCAAAGACAGAGCUCACGAUUUCAAGCUUCUUGGUGCGCUCAAUGAUUGUGUCUCGUUAUGCUUCCACCCGAGUGUUGACGUUCAUGAGCAACCCUCACCCCGAGGCCAAGGAAGCCAUCUUUGAUCUGGACCUGCCAAGUUCAGCCUUUAUCUCCAACUUUAGCAUGACCAUUAAUGAGAAGACCUAUGUAGCUGAGGUGAAGGAGAAACACCAGGCAAAGAAGAUGUACAAUGAAGCCCGCCAGCAGGGGAAGACAGCCGCCCACAUCGGCACCAAGGACCGAGAAAUAGAGAAAUUCAGGGUAUCUGCCAAUGUGGAGGCCGGAGGCAAGGUACUAUUUGAGCUGACUUAUGAGGAAUUGUUGCAGCGGCACCUGGGCAGGUACCAGCAUGCCAUCAGCAUCCGCCCCCAGCAGGUGGUCAACAAUCUCAGCGUGGAAGUGAGCAUCUCCGAGCGCACUGGCAUCGACUAUGUGCAUGUCUUACCACUCCGCACAAGCCGGUUGCUGACCAACACCCUCCGAGGAGAUUCUGAGGUGCCGCCGUCCACCCAGGUGGAGAAAGGAGCCCACUGUGCAUGGAUAGUCUUCUCCCCAAGCCCCCAACAGCAGGCCGCAUACUCCAGUUCAGGAAUUAUGGCUGAUUUUGUCGUUCAGUAUGAUGUGGCCAUGCCGGACGUUGCAGGCGAUGUACAGAUCUACAAUGGCUACUUCGUGCACUACUUUGCCCCGAGGGGGUUGCCCCCGGUUCAGAAGCAUGUGGUAUUUGUGAUCGAUGUCAGUGGCUCCAUGUAUGGCACCAAAAUGAAACAGACCAAGAAGGCCAUGCAAGUUAUACUGAGCGACCUCCAUCAAGAUGACUACUUCAACAUCAUCACUUUCUCGGAUACGGUGAAUGUCUGGAAACCCAGCCAGUCCCUCCAAGCAACCUCUCAGAAUAUCAGGAAGGCCAAGGACCACAUCAGCAAGAUGGAGGCAGAUGGAUGGACAGAUAUCAACGCAGCUUUACUGGCUGCCGCCGCCGUCUUCAACCAGAGCUCCCCCGUGGCAGGGAAGGCGGUUAAAGAACAGAGGAUUCCGCUGAUCAUCUUCCUGACAGACGGCGAACCCACCUCGGGCGUGACAGCCGGCAGCCGCAUUCUCGCCAACACCCAGCAGGCUUUGAGGGGCACCAUCUCACUCUUUGGCCUGGCCUUUGGGGAUGAUGCAGACUAUGGACUGCUGAGACGCCUGUCGCUGGAGAACAGAGGCGUGGCGCGGCGUAUCUACGAGGAUGCCGAUGCCACUCUGCAGCUGAAGGGCUUCUACGACGAGAUUGCCAGUCCUUUGCUGUAUGAUGUGGAGCUGGCCUACCUGGACGGGGUAGCUCAAGAUCUCACCAGGAACCUGUUUCCCAAUUAUUUCCAGGGCUCUGAGCUGGUUGUGGCUGGACGGAUGAAGUCAGGGGCGUCAGAACUGCGGGUGCGCACUAUGGGGCAUGGCCAAGAAGGACCAGUGAACUUGGAAAAUGACAUCUCAGCUAACACCACAGAAGCGGCUUCCUUUGGCUGCCUUGGAAAUGCCCAUCAGAUAGGCCACUUUGUGCAGAGACUCUGGGCCUACUUCACUAUCCAAGACCUUCUUCAGGCUCGGUUUCGAGCCAAUGACACAGCGGCCCGUCACUUGCUGACCGAAAAGGCCACCAACCUGUCACUCAAGUACAACUUCGUCACACCUGUCACUUCCCUGAUACUGCUGAGGCCAGAAGAGGAGAGAGAUAAAGGACAGCCAACCAAAGUGACCGUUCCUCCCACAGCUUCCAGACCACUUAAAGCCACGCAAGAUUCAGGAAUGUCUGCCUUUCCAUGGCUCUCCAAAGUGGCUAAAACCACUCCUGGACUUGGCGUGACCCAUGCCCCUGUGGUCACAAAAAUGCACAAGGGCACAGCAGGUCCUGGACCUGUUCCCACUGCCUUGGUUCCCAUCACAGCGACUAGAAUCACCAAAGCAGUCAGGCCCACGUCUCCACCAGUGGCUGUCCUGACCACCAUCUCCAGCCACGUUUCCACGUUACCUACUGCGAGCCACCCCAAAGCAGCUAAAGUAUCCCCAGGUCCAGUUGCUGCUGCCACGUCUUUUGCUCCUGCUAUCAUUCGUGGCUCCACCAAGCCACCUAGAGCCACAGCCUCCACCAGGGCCACCAGAGCACCCACCAAAACCCCAAAACCCAGUCCCACCAGAGCUGGGAGGCUCAGGGUCACAGGUCAACCUCACUCCAGUCAGGAGACCAGAGGAACAGCCGUCACCAAAAUCCUGGGAGGGGUCUCCGGCACAGUCCUCGGCAUCCCUACUACUGUGUAUCCACCUGGCACCACAAAGAUGCUUGGGAAUAACUCCAGUAGCGGGGGGCAGCAUGAGACUACAUCACAGCCAGCCACCAACCAACAAGUUCACACGCACUGGCAAGGAGGUGCCGCCAGAAUGGAGACAGGGAACGUCUCUUGGAGCAAGACAACGCCCAAGGGUGGGACGAUGGUAGAAGUGGGCACAGAGAAGCCUCUACGGAAUAGCACUGCGCCUUGGGGCACCAUGCCAGGAGCAACAUCUCUGCUCCCCCAGGGAACAGAAUUAACUAGCAGGAUCACUACCACCAUCUCAAACAUCAGUCUUUUCCUCUUAUCUGGAGAAUCCGAGUUGCUCUCCACCACUGACCUGGACAUGAAAUACGUGGAGUCGCUGAACCCACCUGAAGUGUAUGGUUUUGUGACAGCUGGACAACAUCCAGGUAGCAUGGAUUAUGAAGACUAUUCAGAUUUCUUAGAAGAACGGGAGAGUGAUUCAGGCAAACUGAUCGAUGCCUCUGAAGGUGGCUUUUUCACUUUCUCUUCCUGGGUGGACGGCGACCCUCAUUUUGUAGUACGGUUACCACAUUCACUAGGGAACUUGUGCUUUACCCUGGAUGGAGGCGCGGGAGAUAUUCUCAACUUGGUGAGCGACCCUCAGACAGGACUGGAGGUCAGUGGUCACUUAAUGGAUGCGCCAGUAAGACCAGGCCACGAGGAACGUCCCCGCACAUACCUUGAUGUCAUUAGCAUCGUGGUAGACCAUCCAUGGGCAAGCUAUGUGGUCAACGUGACACGGGAUGGCGUGACAUUGCAUGGAGAAGAUACGCUGGUGUUGCCAUUCACACGGAGGGCCGCCAUCCGGAGGGCCCAGCUGGCGAUUUCUGUGUGGCCCGAAGCCAACGCCUCUAUCUGGAUCGGGCAAGGAGUGGAAUUCCUCGUGCUGCUGCAUCGCUAUAGCCACCCCAGUCCCCUGCAGCUGGACCACCUGGGCUUCUACGUGGUGAAUGGGGCAGGGCUGUCUGCCUCAGCACGUGGCCUGUUAGGCCAGUUCCAGAACGGCGACUUCCGGCUCUCCCCGUCCCCUGCUCAAGGGAAGCAAGAGGCCUGGCUCUGGAGGGCCACUCGCAAGGUGCCUGUUGCGGCCGUCACCAAAGUGCUGAAGGACUCCCCGCAGAGAGCGCACGAGGCUCCCUGCUGGCUGGUGAAGCGUAAGGAUGUGGAGGCGCUGCUGGGGGCACCCUACCGUUCCUACCUGGCCUCCCGCCUGCGGGAAAUGUGAGCUGGCCGCCCUUCCCACAGUCACGGGUCGCAGCCUGCAGCAGCUGGGCCAGGAGGCGGCAGGACUCAGGCCCGAUCUCAUCUCUGUGGCCUUUGCUAUAAUGGGAUGUGAUAGAUACCCCUUCGUGGUAGACUCCAGGACAACAGAGGCAAAGGUGGGGUUGCAACCAAAGACAUACUUUGGCCACUCUCUCGUCACAACAAAGCACUUAGAAAGAUCUCCCCAUUCGGUUUUGGCUGAUUUAACAUAGGUCUUACAUUUAACAGGAAAGGCGCUGGGCAGGAGCACUCAAUUGGCUUCAAGUGGCACACACUGUCUCCCUUCUUCUGGUUUUAAGCAGAUGUUGCCUUCCUUUGGCUGGAGCAUUAGGACUACAGGGUUUGUACCCUUUUCAUUAAAGCAUCAGCAAAGAAAUGCAAACCAUAACAGGAUCAAACACAUGCAGAUACAUUUAAAAAAAAACAGGAGGAACUGAUUGGCAUCCGUGGCUACAAAAUGCUGAUCUAAGAUCUGAAGCCUGCAUUGUCCUCUGACCUAAGAUGUGCUUUAUUUCUAAUUGAAACAGGAGGUCAGACUUAAUUCUUAUAGCUGAAAGUGGACACUUUGACAGGAGAUAAGAAUUCCGCAAAGGCGCAUAAACCAUGCUUGUGCAUAAGCCACUGUUCUGAGUGGAAACCAUUGCGGAACAGUGACUCUUUAAGGGACACGACAGCCAGCCUCCUCUGAAGAGGUUAAUUCUGCCCCAGUUGUGUGAUUAGCCUGUUCAGACACUCCCAAUGCGGAAUGUCACUGUUCACCUUCCCCUGUAACUGUCCACUGCCUUUGAAGGUUUAUCAGCAACCCUAAACAGAGAUGGAACGCAUGAGGAAGAGGCCAACACCCUCGCUGGAUAUACUGAUUCAUAGCAUAUUAUUCUGAUUAAACCCCACAGCACCCGUGAGUGACACAUGCUGAGUCCCCUGCAGGGGUUGUCAUAGGGCAGGGGUGGCCAACCCAAUUGGCCAUGCUGGCAGGGGCUGAUGGGAAUUGUAGUCCAUGAACAUCUGGAGUGCCAUAGGUUGUCCACCCGUCAUAGAGCAUUGCCCUCGAAUACAGAAUCCUUUACAAUCAUACAGUGCCCCUCAGCGACAUUUUUACCCUCAAAGGACAAAGCCCGGAAGAUCCUGAUAGGGGCAAACUGGAAAAUCAAGGCUUGAAGCACGUCUGUGCAUCAGAAUGGCUAGCUCCGCCCCCCCCCCCCCCCAUGAGAGAUCAGACGUUUAUGGAUGGCACCCACAGCAAAGUACUCAAAGCAGACAUCCAGCGGUUCGGCUGAGGUCUUUGUGGGUCAUCUCUUGCCCCCAGCUACUGGACGGGCAUCACUUAGUCAUGCUAACUGCGUUACAGGUUUUAUUUAUUGUGGCUUUCUGCAGUAAGGAUACUACACCAAAUACUACAGCAAUGGAGGGGGCCCUUCCUUUUUUCACAUGGCAAAUCAGAGUUCAACUUUGCAGCGGGGCAAGACUCUCUUCCCUUGGUUUAAUUGCAUUUUCCAUUCUUACAAUAAAAUAUAAAUUGCUGUUGA